AGUGCUGUGCGAAAAAAAAGUCAAAUCCGGAUGAAAACAAAGAAAUUACGAUGUCUAGACGUCAAAGAAAAAGCGAAAGAAGUCUUUGUACUCCAGAACAGUGGCUCAACGCUAAAACACGCGUUGAGGCAGGCGAAUCAAAGAGGUCAGUUGCUAAAUCCUUGGGGAUGCAUGAAGCCACCUUGCGUAAGAGGCUGAAGAGAUCCUCUCCAGCUGCAAGUUUGGGUAGGUACUCACAAACCUUUUCCAGUGAAAUGGAAACAGAGCUCUGCAAUUAUAUAAAAAAAAUAGAUAACAUGUUCUAUGGAUUAACAACUCAAAAAAUACGAGAAAUUGCUUAUGAUUUUGCUGAAAAGAAUGGAUUAGAACAUCGUUUCAAUAAAGAAAAAAAAAUGGCUGGUACAGAGUGGCUCCGACUUUUUUUGAAACGGCACCCAGAUUUGUCGUUACGAGCACCUACUUCCACCAGCGUCGCUCGUGCAAUAGGCUUUAAUAAGCCCCAAUGCGAUCGCUAUUUCGAAAAUCUGGCGAAAUUGUUAGACUCAUACAAGUUCCCUCCUCAUGCAAUUUAUAAUAUGGACGAAACCGGAAUUUCCACAGUGCCAAAUAAAGCUCCAAAGGUGAUAUCUAUAAAAGGGAAGCGUUGCGUGAACAAGAUUUCCAGUGCUGAACGUGGCAUCAAUGUAACCCUCGUGAAUGCAGUUAAUGCAGCAGGGAAUUUUAUACCACCAGCCUUCAUAUUUCCACGCAAACGUAUGAAGGCCGAGCUUUUGGAUGGAGCCCCACCUUCCUCUAUAGGAAUGGUGUCAGAUUCGAGUUACAUCAACAGUUCUUUGUUUGUCGAUUGGUUAUCUCAUUUUAAAUACCACGCAAAACCUUGCAAAGAUAAUCCAGUACUAUUAAUACUCGAUAACCACACGUCACACUGCACAUUAGACGCGGUCAAUUUUUUCCGGGAAAACCACAUUCACGCCUUGACAAUCCCUCCUCACAGUAGUCAUAAAACUCAACCACUCGAUCGCUGCAUCCAUAACAGCCUCAAAAUUUUUUAUGCAUCAGAGUGUGAAAAAUGGUUGCGUAACCAUCCUGGUCGAGUGAUAACCGUUUAUCAGAUUGCUCAAAUAUUGACUCCGGCUUACCUUAAAGCGGCUACCCCCGCAAAUGGCAUCCAGAGUUUCAAGAUAUCCGGAAUUCAACCGUUCAACCCGGACAUUUUUGGAGAAGAAGAUUUCUUAGCUAGUGCAGUGACAGAAAGACCACUGACAGAAUCUCUUUCAACACAGAUUCCUCAAUCGGCUGAUGAUCUGCCAGAAAAUAUGCCUUUGCCAGAAUUCGAUGAAACACAUGUUUCUCAAUCAGCUGAUGAUCUGCCUGAAAACAUGCCUUCGGCAGAAUCUAAUGAACACAGAUUUCCCAACUGA